UAAUUUAAUAAUUAUUUUUGUUAUUUUGAACUUUAAGAUAAAAAAUCAAUCCAAAGAUAAAACUUAUUCGUAUGCAAAUGAAUAGUUAACGUCAAUUAUAUAGACAAAGUCAAAGUUAUUCAAUGCACUGAACAAAAAAACUUGGAAUAUUUUGUUAAUAUUGGAAUAAAAAUUGCUUGGAAAAAACAAAGUGAAAACUAGAGAAACGGAGAAUUUAGCACAGUAGUCCAUUUGUACUAACUGCUUGAGUCAAAAGUUGUGGGUAAUCGUGGCAUUAUGAACGAAUCGUGGUUCACUGCAAAUGUGUAGUGUCAAAUUAACCAUGUUAAAAUAUAUAUUCGGGAUUGUAGAAACUAACUGAAAGUAAUAGAAAAUGGUGUCGAUAAUAAAAAAGCAACUGUUGAAACAUUUGUCCAGGUUUACCAAGAAUUUAUCAGCUGAUAAAAUAAAUCUGAGUACAUUUAAAGGGGAAGGUGAACUAACGAAUUUAGAACUUGAUGAAAUAGUUUUAACAGACUUAUUAGAGCUGCCAUCGUGGCUUAGGUUAACAAAUGCUUGGUGCAAUAAAGUUUCUUUUCGUAUACAAUGGACCAAGCUGAGAAGUGUUCCUAUUUUUUUGAGUUUGGAUGAAGUCCACAUAGAAGUGGAAACAUGUGAAGAUUUAAGAGACUUAACUUCUCCGCAAGGACUAUCUUCAUACACAGGUCCUGCAAAAUAUUCUUUUAUACAUAAAGUAAUUGAUGGCAUAACAGUGACUGUUAAUACUGUAUCUGUUACAUUUAAAAGUCCUGCAUUUAUUGCUUCAGUUCAGAUGAAUCGUAUUGUUGUUGAAUCAAAAUCUGCAACAUGGCAGCGUUGUGAUUUAAGAACAACUAGAGUAAAAGAUCCUGAUCGUGGACAGUUACUUAUUUUUAAAGAGCUAGAAUGGCAAACAGUUAGAAUAGAAGCACAAAGUACUAAGGAUAAGAAUCUUACACCAUUACGUUUACUUACAAAUCAAGCAAGAUGUCGGAUUACUAUUAAAAAGAGAAUAUCAGAUUGUUUUGUUAUGGGAUCAAGACUGAUUCUUAUAUUAGAUGACCUUCUAUGGGUUUUAACUGAUUCACAACUAAAAGCAGCUCUUCAUUUUAUUGAUUCUUUGGGGGGCUUGAUAGAAAAAGCUACAAUUUUAGAACGUAAAACUAAGGCAGCUAGAAAAUUAGAGGUAUUGCCAGAAUACCAAGCACAAAUAUCUCAGCAGUCAAGAACAAAAACUCAAUGCAAUACUGCUAUUUCAAAGAUAUUUACUAGAUAUGAUGUGGUAGAAACAUCAUAUCAUUUUCUUUGUCAGAGAAUUGAUUUACACUUGUGUGAUGAUGCUGGUAAUGGUAGAUCUUCCCACCCUGAUUUAAAAGAUGGUGGUGCACUGCAAAUUUCAUUAAUUAGAUUUCAAAUUGAUUAUUAUCCAUAUCAUUUGGCAAUGGCUGAUAGAAAACAUUGGGCCAAAUACAAAGAGAAUGCUACACCCCACAGCCAAUGGUUACAACAAUCAGUAACGUCAUUUAGAAGUCAGUUUAUGGAUCUCAUUGAUUCUGGUAGAACACAGCAUUCUCCUUUAUCUCGAAGUCAAGGAAAUGUAACAGUUAGUAACACAAAGGGUUCAGGAGAAAAUUUAGAAAAAGGCAAUCAAGCUCAAAACACAAAUGCAACCACUAAUGAACAAAAAAAGUCGCAACAUCCUAGUGGUAAUCCCGUGAAAAAUUAUAUCUUGGAACAGCUUGCCAAAUUAAUGACAACAUGUAUUAUAAUUAGAAUUGAUGACUUUACCUUGUACAAAGUAACUACCACGUCUCGCAAUCCUGUACCGAAAGAAUUUGUUACAGCUCAAACAAGGAAGAAACACGCAUCAGGUGACAAGGACAGAUUAUGUCUUCCAGAGGAUGUAACAAUUCUUCAUGCUGAAUUUACAUAUUAUUAUUAUCCCGGAGAUAUCACGUUUCCAUUGCCACCGCCGAAAUUUUAUGUUCAAUUAAAUCCUAUUCAAGUGAACUUUGAUGUUUGUUCCUGUUUGUGGUUUAAUUCUUUUGCAUUAAAUUUAUAUCAUUCUUUAAUAAGUAAGGAUAAUGAAGCAGCGCAUACUUCCAAUAAUUUAAUGUACUUUGAUGUGAAAAUUGAAGCUAUACUUCCAAGAAUAGUUUUUGAAAGUCAUCAGGAUUAUCCUAAUCAGAAGGAUCGGCCAAAGUCACUGCACAUUCAAACUUCAAGAGCAUCGAUAACAAAUGUUCGAUCAACAGAAAGGUCUUCGAGAGCGGAUUUAGCACAGUGUUUAAAUUCUUUCCAAAUGGGUCAGAUGUUUUUUGGUACAGAAUUUCCAAACAAAUCGAAUGAUUUUCAGGUCGUGACAGAUAAAUUUUUAGCACAUUGUGCAGGUACUGAUAAUAUUCGUUAUCCACCACCUAAUUUUAGUAGCAAUUCUGUAACUGAAUUAAUUCGGCAAUUACACCGAGAACUUUUAUGGACAGAAGCUAAAGAUGUAUGGUGUUGCAACUUAGAGCCCGUUUGGGGAGAUUUUCUUGGUGCCCGUGCGGUUGGACAAAAUCGCCCGGUACCAUUUCUCGAUGCAUUUCCUUUAACUUUAUGGUGCUAUAUGUCAAUGGAUUCAUCAGAUUCGUCAAAAAACAAAUUUGCAACUGCUGAUAUUCAUGGUCUUGUGUACAUAAGCAAUUUAGUUAGCGUUCAGAUAAAUCAUUAUCAGUAUCUGUUUUUACUAAGAUUAUCGGAAGUUCUAUCAGAGAUGGCAACGUAUUUGACCAUAGAUUCAAAUAAAAUAUUAAAAAUUGAUGCCGGUGGUUCACUUGUUAUCGGCGCACUGAUACCACAAGUAGAGGUAACUUUUGUGAUGCCAUCACAUACUCCUGGGAAAGAAAAUUCUGGAGGAGAUUUAGAAUCAGUUAUGCCAGAUUCGUCUAGUAUAGCCGAUGAUAUCGCAACUUCAUCCACUCCUUGGCAGAAUAAUACAGAUCGAGUUGAUUUUAGUAGAAAAAAAACUAACAUAAGUACUGAUGUAUUGACACCACAGAGUGAAGUAUCAUCAAUGUUGUCUAUGGAUUUGAUGCAUUCUAUUAACCCAACUCAAACUGUUGUAACAUUCAAACAGAACGGAACGAAUAAACAUGAUCAACAAAUAUUAACAUAUGCAACACAUGAUAAACAGUAUAUUGGAAUAGAAGAAGAAAGAGUAUUACCUACUGUGCGAUAUGCUGAUACUACACAUAAACAUAGUAAAGGGGAUUCUUCUGCAAACACACCGUUUAUUCCUAAUAAUUUCAAUGUUGGAUUGUCUUCUAUGAAAAAAGGAUUAAGUAAUUUAAUGACAUCUAUUGAUUCAGCUUUAAAGGCUUCUCCAGAAGAUGGUAGUAGUGAUACUGUAUCCAUAAGAAGCGAUGUUAGUUCUGAUAGUGAGAAUUAUGUCUUAAUUAGUCUUCAAGAUCAAGAGAAAAUGGAUGCAAUGUUUUCUGUUGAUAAUACACUUAGGGUAACAGCAGUAGAAGAGGCUAGUGAAGUAGUCGAGGAAACUCCCGAUACUCAAAGUGAAAAAUCCAUGGAUAGUGUGUGUAAACGAAAAGAUAUUGUAUCUAUGGCAACAUUCAAAUUAUCUAAAGUUGAAUUCGUUCAACAAUCUUGUGGAUAUGCAUCUUCAAUUAAAGUUCAAGUUUUAAACAUUGGUAACGAUGAAUGUUCGUCUAUUCCAUGGGAUGAGUUUCAGGUCAAAAGGAAGACAAAAUUCAGUGCACGAUCUAGAGGGUGGAUUGAAUUAUCUUCAGAUUCUAACUGUAGAUCACGUAUUAAACUACGUUUGGAUCAUGAUUUAAAAAGAAAAUCGGAUGCUUGGAAGCUGUUUCAAGCUAGUCAAAAUAUAAGUAACAAGAAUACACACUUGCCUCAAAAUCAGAAUAAUAUUACUGAACAAGAAGUAGAAACUUGCAAUAUUGAUGUGCAUAACAAACAAGGUGUUUUGGAUCUUUUUGAAGACAAAGUAGAAGUUAAUGUUACCGAUGUAACAUUAGUCUUGUCAAUGAGUUCAAUAACUGGGCUUACAGACCUAAUUGAAGAUGAAAUUAUACCUAAACCAAUACCAUUACAGAUAUACUUAGAGGGUAUAUCACUGCGCUUAAACGAAGAUCGUCCUCCCAAUAAUAUAACUUCUCCAGGACCAAUACCCAUCGAUUUGAAUAUAUCAAAACUAAAGAUAAUACGAGAUGAAAAUGGCGUUUUUCAUAUUGAACCAGUUGUAAACAUACUGAACAGAAGUAAUUCUCUCAUGACAGUAUCAGUCAGUGAUAAUCAAACAGUCCAAAAUGUAGAUCAUGAAGUGGAACUUAACAUUCUGAGGCAAUCUAGUAAACAGUUAAAAAUAGACAAUGAAGGACUUCGACGUCGUCUUGAUACUUUGGAAAAAUUAUCUGAAGAAAACGCAAAAUUAAUGCGUGUAAAAGAAGAAUCUGACACAGUAAAAUUACAUUUAAGUGCAGCACAGGAAGAUAUACAAAUGCUUUUAAGAGAGAAGAAAGCCUUGCAGGAAACAAUUACAGAACUUCAAAAUCAAAUGGUCGGAAGUGGUACCCGUGCAUCUUGGUCAUCAAAAAGAUAGCAUACCGGUUGUUUUGAUUGUUCUAAAUGUUGUAGUUCGUAUAAGUCAUAAUAAUAAUUUUAAUAAUUUCAUCAUAAAUGAAAAUAUAUAUUGAAAUAAUUCAGUUGAUAUACAUCAGCGUUUAUAUUAUUUGAUUUUUAAUUAAAUUCUCUGACGCGCUAGAAUGCUGAAAGGUUCGUUGAUAUUCAUUUUAUGUAUUAUGUUUAUUUUUAACUUAUUCAUCAUUUGAUCUACUAUAAUCAUGUGAAUUUCUAUUCAGAUCUGGUUUUAUAAAGUACAUUUAUGCGAAACAUACUACAUCUUACUAUAAACAAGUACAAGGCGAUAAAUAGCGGCAAUAGUAGACAAAGUUUAGUAUCUCCAUUGAUAAAACAAGAUAAAAUUGACAAAAUGAAUAUUCUGAGUAUGUAUAUGUGUAUUUGCGUAUGUUUAAAAAUGAUGUAUAUACAAAUACGUUACAAAUGCAUAAUAUAUGCAUAUUUGUUGCAUAUAUAAAAAUCAAUACGUACAUAAUAUAAUUAUAGUAUGCUAGUCAAAAUAUUGCAAUAUAUGUUUGGUUUUAUAGCAGUGGUUGUUAUCUAGUAUAUGUGGACAAAGAAUUGAAUAUAAAUUUUUUACCAAUACUUUCGUUUUACAUGUCAUAAAUGUUUUAACGAUUUUCAUAAGCAACUUCUGAUCUAAUGGAAAAUUGCAGUAUAUAAUGUAAUAAAUGUGAGAUAUUAAUGGAUAUUGAAUGAUGGUUUGCUGGAGCCUACAUGUAGAUUGUCUAGCUUGAAACUAAUUAAAGUAGGAAUGUUCGUAUUUA